AUGUACAACGGAGUCAAUAUCCACUUUCCUAUCAUAUUUGAUGAUGGAAUCAAAUGGCUUUUAAGAGUCCGUCAAUCACAUAACGGUAAUCCACCAAUUGGUAUUCAAGAAGUCGUAAUAGCAAGUGAGGUAACUGUGUUAAAUAUUCUCAACAACGGAGGAGUACCUGUCCCCAAAGCAUGGCUCAAUCCACAACAUGGAGAUCGCACAGAAGAAAGUUCCGCAGCUGGUGUUGGUGCUUUACAAUACUUCUUUUAUGAGUUUCUUCCAGGACCAAAGCUGAAAGUAACCAGAAGAGGCGAUGAUGCACUUUGGAAUCCUGGAACGAAGAUACGUAAAUUUAUUGAAGAUUUCGCUAAAAUACAAAUCAAAAUGUCAAACAUCCCUAUAUCAGCUAAUCUCAUUGGCUGUCCCGUCUCCCCUUUGGGAGACAAUACGAAGCUGAUUGUUGGUCCCCUUACAUCAUGCCGUUGUCUCAAUAUGCUUGAUCCUCCCUAUUUCCCCGGACCUUUCCGUACUAAUCAAGACCGAUAUCUCGCUCAAAUCAAUACUGCCCUAAGCCAUAUCGUAAAUGGUCAUCUGUGUCAAAAAGCCCCUUUGGAUGGAUAUCUCUGGCAUCUCCAACUGAAAGAGUUAGUUCAGAAUUGUACCGAGUUAGACAAAGAGUUUGACCAGGUAUUCAUACGUCACGCAGAUGCUAAAGAGGAUCAAUUCAUGGGGGAUGAGGAUGGCAGUAUUUCUGGAGUACUUGAUUGGGAAUGGGCAUAUGUAACAACUAAAGAAAAAGCAUUCUCAUCACCUGUCUUCUGCUUUCACCACAACAAGUACUUUGGAUCUUCGAUGGACCUAGUCCCUGCGGAACAGCUGUUGGUACACGCUUAUGAACGGUUCGGAAGAUCUGAUUUGGCGGAUUGUGUUCGGAAUGGUAAGAUUUAUCAACGACUCAGUCACAUAGGUACAUUCGAUCAGCAAAUAUGUCGUCAAUCAGCGAUUUUAAAAACGUUCGCUAAAUUCAAGCCUGAAGGGUUUGACCCGCCAAAUCGGGUCGGUGAGAAGUGGCGUUUGUAUCUCGCCAAUCGCUACCAUACAGAUCCUUGCCUUCCCGAAAUGAUCGCUCGAGCAGGAUGGGAAUCGGAAAAGGCAUCUUGCUGA